AUCCGUGCGGUAAAUCGUAAUGGUUUAAUGUCGUAUGGUAGCUGGGUUUGAGAGUGAAAUAGCCAUUUUAAGACACUGCGUUCUUUAAAUUGAAGUCUGGAAUGGCUAAGAAAGCAUAUGAUUUACUUUUUAAAUUGUUAUUGAUAGGGGAUUCUGGUGUUGGUAAAACAUGUAUAUUAUUCAGAUUUUCUGACGACGCCUUUAAUACGACUUUCAUAUCUACCAUAGGCAUUGAUUUCAAAAUUAAAACCUUAGAUAUUAAAGGAAAGAAAAUAAAACUCCAAAUAUGGGAUACUGCUGGUCAGGAACGUUUCUACACCAUCACCACAUCCUACUACAGAGGAGCUAUGGGUAUCAUGCUGGUAUAUGAUAUAACUAAUCCCAAAAGUUUUGACAAUAUUGCAAAAUGGUUGCGAAAUAUUGAUGAGCAUGCCAAUGAAGAUGUAGAAAAAAUGAUCCUAGGAAAUAAGUGUGACAUGGAGGAUAAAAGAAUGAUCAGUAAAGAGAGAGGAGAAGCUAUUGCUCGAGAACAUGGCAUACGAUUCUUAGAAACAAGUGCGAAAGCAAAUAUCAAUAUCGAGAAAGCCUUUAGGGAAUUAGCAGAAUCAAUAUUGAAUAAGCAAAUGGCUGGUAAGGAACAAACAGAUUAUCCAGACAAAGUACGUGUUACAACGCAAGAUAUAAGGGGUAUAAGAAAAUGCUGCUAGGAAACCUAGAUCACCUUGCCUUUUUUCAUCCAUACACCUGCUGUCUGGAAAUCUGCUUGCAGUACUCCAUUCAAAUUAAAACAUUUUAUAUUCGCCUGGCUGGACCUGUUUGCCUUAGAGGCCAUUCAACCUCGGACUCUGUGCAUUAAUUAGUCUGCCAGGUGCCACAGUGCCGCUAGUGAUCUGAGAGGCACACGUCCCAAAGUCUGACUAUUUGCCAUUUUUCUUCUAUUUCAAAAGAUAUUUAAAAAUGUAAGAAGACACUGCUUUUACUAGCUUGAAUAUAAAACUCAACAACAACAACAUAAAAUUUUGUUUUCCAUUGUCCUUUUAUGUAAUAGGUGUCUUUAUUUGAAAGAAGAAUGCCAGCUUAAUAUUUAAAAAGGCAUUUUUUAUUGCAUGUUAAGCAAUUAUGUUCAAACUGAAAAUAAUCUUUAUUACAAAUUAGAAGCUAUGAAGAUUUUUUAGAAGCAUUUUGUAUAAUUUUUUAUCUACAUGCUUACCUUCGCAGGAGCAUGAAUGGUGUGUAAUAAAUGCAUGACAGUACCAAAAUUUAAAUAAAUUUUCUAAUUUGCAGCCAUCCAUUUUCUGGAAAUUUCUCUUUGAAUUGUAUUUCUGUAUAAUUUAAAAGUUUUUAAAAAUGCACAUAUAUGUAAAUAAUUAUUAUUGAAGGUGAUGGUCCAAGGAAUAAUGUAAAUGCAGGCAUAUCUGUUGGUGUGACAAAUGAAAUUUUGCGCUUAAAUCUUGUAGUUACUUUAAAAACUGUAUAGAUGGAAAUUGCGAUGAUGAAAGCAUUUUUGUGUGAAUGUCUGCUGCUGAUGAUUUAUCUGAUCAAAGUAGUAAAGGGGGGGUGAGAAAACUGAUUUUUAAUGUGAUCAACAUGAAUUACAUAUUGUACAGUGAGAAUUUUUAAUGUGGAUAUAAUGUAAAUGGAAUUUAUUUUGACAGUGAGUUUUUUAAAUAUUUUAUUUCUUUAUAUUCAAUUAUAACUUCUUACCAGAUAAAUUAGGAUUUUUCAAUUUCAUAUGUAUAAUUUAAUUUUGUGUGGUCAGAUUGGUGACAGUUACCAAUUUAUUUGGUGUAUUUUGUAAGAUAUUAAGUACUGAAAGUUCCUUUAAUUUGCUCAGUUUUAUACAAUUUUUUAAAGCUUCUGCAUGACUUUGAAAGUAUAACUCUGUUUUCUUAAUAUACUAACAUCCUUGUGUACGUAAAGUUAAUAAUAGUAGUAUUUUCUGUUCAAAAUAAUGUGUAGGAAUGCAUUUCCCCUCUUUUUUUUUUUUUAAUUUAUUUAAUUUUUCAUUUAGAAUUAAGCUUUUGUUACACAGAAAAAAAGUCCAGUUAACUAUAUAUUAGAUCUGAUAUUUGCAUUUAUCUGUUAAAAGAUAAAAAAGUGAGGAAGCUGCUUAUGUCUCUGUAAUUUUUUGUACUAUACAACUUUAGAUAAUUAAUGGUGCACCAUCAAAAAUUGUGGCCUGUAUUUUACCAUUUCUGUGAUCAGAUGCAAUAUAUAUCUUUUAUGCAAUGCUUUUUUAAGCUCAGAUGAUUUAAAUUCCUCUCUUCUGUUUUUCAGUUAUUAAGUUCAUUUCAGAUUUUUCAGUUAUUAAGCAUCUUGGUUGAAGUUUUCCUGUAAUUGUUUUUAUUUCUGUAGUUAUGUCACAUUUUCUGCUUUAAAAGAAUGUUUCUUUUGCACAGUUUUGUCAUCAUAUGUAUUUACAUUCAUUUUCAAUGUGUUUGUAAGUUUUUUAUUUGAUAAUCUGUUUUUGUUUUUUUUUUUUAGUUCUUCCUUUGCAGUGGGUUUGAUUUCAUUAGACAUAACUAAAACUGUUUUUGCUCAUAGAUUUGUCUUUCAUAUACUUCAAUGAAUUUUUAGUUUAUUUAUUUUAGUAUUUCAAAAUUUUUUGCAAAGUCAUAUAGAUCUGCAUUGUGAUUUCAUUGAUAGUUACAGUUACUUAGUUUUUGCAGUUUAUUUUUGUGCUGUGCAUAUCAAUGUAUUUUGUUAAAAACCUGGAAGAACAUAUGAUGUAAUAUGUAUUUACCAGGUUCAGUAAUAAUUAUGUGAAAAGAUAAAUGAAUAGUUAUGUAAUGUGUAGAUUCUUGCCAACAUACUCUGCUUUUUUAUUUGAAACAUAUUAAGUGAGAAGUGUUGCUGAAAGUCUUACAAAUCAUCAUUCAUGUCAGUGUUGUAACAUAGAUGCUGACCUAUAAAUUAUGUGUCUUCAUCAAGGCUUCCUUUAUAUUGAUAGCAUUAUAUUUUAAUAUAACUUAUUUGGUUCCAUACAGUAGAAUAAUAUGUGAAGAGUUGAAGAGCAUUGCAUAUUAAAAAGUACCGUACAGUUUCAUAACUUUUUAUCGAAAGGUUAAAUUCUGUGCCAUGUAAUUGCUGCUGUUAAUUAAAUGUUUUAUUCUCAUCUUUGCUUAAUAAAAUGAAAUUUGUAGUAUUUAUUUCACAUUUAUUUCUACAAUCAGUGUAAAAUUAUAACAUUAAAAGAAAAAUUGGAAGAACUAAAUUUUCUGUUAGAUUUAAAAUGUGAAAUUUCAGGUUUAGUUCAUUUAAUUUUUGCUUAACUAACUAAGCUUCCAUAUAUUGAGAUUAAUGAAGGUCUGGCAUUGGUUUAUUAAUUUUUUAUUUUCUGAUGUACACAUCACAGGUUAACCAUUUGAUACUCAUAUAAUAAAGUAUUAAAUCUUGUGCAAUUAUGUAUAAAAAAAGUACAGAUUUCUCAAUUUAGAAAAAUUACUUUUGUUUUGCCAUUAAUCAAAUAUUGUGAAAUUGUUCUUGCUGCUGAGCAAUGAGAUUUCAAAAGACUGAGCAAUGAUGGUAUGAAGUGUACAGAAUUUUUAUACUGCUGGCAUAUGUUUAAAGCAGGUUGUUGAAAUUCUUUAGCUUAUUCGUUCAAAGAUUUAUAAUAAAUUUUUCUGUAAAA